AGCGUUCCAGGGACAACCAGCGAUCAGCAGACAGCAGCAGCUCCCCGGGCACUCAGCAGCGGACGGCUUCCAGGGACACGCAGCCACGGACAGUGUGCAGGGUCCCUCAGCAGACAGCUCCCAGGGCACUCAGCAGCAGACAGCUUCCAGGGACACACGCAGCCACGGACAGUGUGCAGGGUCCCUCCGCAGCAGCACCCAGGGCACUCAGCAGCAGACAGAUUCCAGGGACACGCAGCCACAGACAACGCGCAGGGUCCCUCAGCAGCAGCUCUCAGGGCACUCAGCAGAGAAGGCUCAUGCAGAGCUGUGGAGACUCCCAACCUUGGGGUAUUGCAGAGGGCUACAGUGCUGACCUUUUGGGCGUCUGCAGAGUGCGCAGCGGGGAUGGCUGGGAGGCUCGGUCCCCCUCACCCGAGCCUCCCAGCAUCUUUCCGGGAGCAAGAUGAUUCCAGCAGC